AUUCAAUAUAAUGGGCCAUUGUUUAAGCCAACGAUCUAUUCAUAAUCGACGUGUUCUUUGUUUCUCACCAAACUGCACAUGCCUUAAAUUGUCGUCCAGGUCGAUUAGGAACAACUACGCUGAAACCCCAAGCUCGGGUGGAACAAUUCAACAUGGCUACCUGCGUAGCGGAUGAAAUGAUGUGCAUUACAACUCGAUUCUAACCUCAAGAAGCGCGCUAUGUACUCCCAGCACAAAGAGCCUGAGAAUCAACCUUUCCUAGACAACUUUUCAGAUGAGUUUAUACACAGCACAGACUAUCGCAACCGCCGCCUAGCUAAUGCUCAGCGUAAACGACUGAUUUCUCACGGUCUUGUAUUCCUCGCUACCUCAUUAUUAUGGCUGGCUAUUUGGCUAUAUUCCUCGUCUUUGCCAUUCGGCGGUUCGCGGCCAGACGUCAACAUUCAACACAACAUUACAUCAAACGCCAAAUUGCUAGAAUGCGGGAGCUCCCCUCGUGAAGCUCGAGCGUUGGGCUGCAAGUACGACAUUUUGCUCAAUCACUGGGUCCCAGAGCCGUGCUAUGAUGAAGAAUUCAUUCAAGAAUACGCAGAUGACCAGAGCUGGGCAGCAUACAUCGACGAAGACUUAACGCAAAGAAUUUACAGCAUUCACGAAAUGUCCGAGAAAGACUAUUAUUUCACCUCCUUCCGAGACCACGUCAAUCAUUGCGCUGUUAUUUGGAAGAAGCAGUUUUGGGUGCUCUAUGAGGAGCGGAAAAGUUUUGACACAAUGAUUGCCAGUCCAGAACAUACAGAUCACUGUGCAUUGUACCUUAGUGAGGCUGUGAACACGAACUCAACAGAAGCAACAAGGGUUACUGUAGGCUAUGCAGGCUGUUGGAUACGGGAUUGAGUAAAUCUCUCACAAUUUGAAGCCAACGCCAAUAUGUUCUAGCG